AUGACCACUUUCUUUCAGUUUCUGUUAAAUUCUCUAAAACUUUUUCUCCCUCUAUUUCACAGUGGUAGUCGCUCUUCUAAAACAUUUAAACCAAAGAAAAACAUUCCAGAGGGGUCUCACCAGUAUGAGCUACUAAAACAUGCAGAAGCCACGCUUGGAAGUGGUAAUCUCCGGAUGGCCGUCAUGCUGCCAGAGGGGGAAGACUUAAAUGAAUGGGUUGCAGUUAACACUGUAGACUUCUUCAAUCAGAUCAACAUGCUUUAUGGAACCAUUACAGAUUUCUGUACGGAAGAAAGCUGCCCAGUCAUGUCUGCUGGCCCAAAAUAUGAAUACCACUGGGCAGAUGGGACAAACAUAAAGAAACCAAUCAAGUGCUCUGCACCAAAGUACAUUGAUUACCUGAUGACUUGGGUCCAGGAUCAGCUGGAUGACGAAACUCUCUUUCCAUCUAAAAUAGGUGUUCCUUUCCCAAAGAACUUCAUGUCUGUGGCAAAGACCAUUCUAAAGCGUCUCUUUAGAGUUUAUGCUCACAUUUACCACCAGCACUUUGAUCCUGUGAUCCAACUGCAAGAAGAGGCACAUCUUAACACAUCCUUCAAGCACUUUAUAUUUUUUGUUCAGGAAUUCAACCUUAUUGACAGAAGAGAACUUGCUCCACUUCAAGAAUUGAUUGAAAAACUCACCUCUAAAGAUAGAUAAAAGGAGGUGGAUUUGUGCAAACCACUUGUUUCUUUAAGCAAGCAUGUGAUAUGUUUUGGGGUCUUUUUUUUAAACAAAACAAACUUUGUUCUGUUCUUACAGGCAGCCAAGAUCAAUUCUCUGUGCUUUUAUUAGGGGAAAUCUUUUUGUCUUUUAGUGACACACAGUAAAUGGCUUUUUUUUUUGUUUUAUUGUGGAUUUUUAACACAUGUUGAGUGUUUUAUAAAGGAAAUAUUCUUUGGUGGGGAAAUUGACACUGCUGGUGGAUGGGUCUGUAUUGUGUCAAUUGUAGCCCAUUCUCAUGAAGUCCCUAGAAGACUUACAUUCUCUAAGUGCCUUGGCAGACUCGCUUCUGAGGUGCAAAGCACAUACCGUACUGAACGUUGCUGGAAACAGAAUAUAUGAACUAAUACCCAGGACACUUACUGAUGCUUGUUUUAGAAUUUAUAUAUAUCUAUAUCCUUAAACUAAAAAAGCCAUAACAUACACAGGUGAUCUCCAGCUUUUAAUACAAAGUAUUCUUUUUUUAUUUUAAGAGAUGAAUAUGCAGCUACUUGAAACUAAGUAGAUCGUGUCCUAAUAAUCUAGUUGAAGUCAUAAAGGUUUCAAAACUAUAGAGAACCCAGGAUGACAGAGGGCCAGCUAUCCAUCCCACUGUUUUCAUCUCUGAGGUACAUAUUUAUUCUGUUACUGUAAAUAUCAAUUCAGGCCAGUCAGUUUUAUAAAGUUAAACACUUCCCUCUAUAAGGCUUCGUAGCAUUUGUCAGAUGGGCCAUGAGUUUGCACAAAUAUUUUCAGUGAGAAAAGAAAAUACACUUCUUCACCAUCAAAAAUGACAAUUUGGUAAUACUAAGAAAGGUAUUGUCUGAAAUCCACUGGAGUAAUGAAACACAAAAUUAAAAAUAAAAAGUCAACUUUAUGGUAGAACUCAAGUUCUCAGGCUUUUUCACAAUGAAGAACAUAUACAUUAAUAGAAAAAAUGUCUUGUGGACUAUGUCCCAUUUAUAAUCGCACACAUUCCCUCCCUUUCAUUAUUGCAUGACUUCUUUUGGCAACUACAUCACUUGUUUACAUGGGGAAAGUAAUGGUUGCAGUGCAUUGGUGUACUUUUAUCAGUCUUUAGUCUUUCUGAGAAAUAUUAAUCACAGCAUCUCCCUCUCUUUCCCCCUGCAUGCCCCACUCUGCUUUAUUUCUCCCUUGCUCCAUUGCCUUUCCCUCCCUCUCUGGCCUCAUUUCUCUCAAAGUGGAAAUAAGGAGAGCCAGUACUGCAUGACUUGCCAGUUUCCAUGAUGGUCAACAAUUACAUGGAAAUCUCUGUCAUAUUUAUGUGAAACUCUGGAGUUUCCCCCUCCUCACAAAUUUAAUUUUUUUUUGUUUUUAAUUUGUGCAUCUUCCAUUCUGUCAAGAUUUAUACUAGCCUUUGGGUUCAAAUAAAUAUUUAAGCACUGCCAUCUGUCCCUUCCCCCCAGCCCUUCCCAGUAUCAUUAAUAUAAUUGCCUUAAAGUGGUCAUGGUGUAGCAGCAGAUGAAACCUGAGUUUUGCAAGACCACAAAUUUUCAUUAGUUUUAGUGUAAAAACAUAUAUUGACCCACAUACAUGAGAACUCUUGGUGAUCUUUCGCUGAGCCUGAGUUUAGUUUGUGAUGGAGGACAGCAGUAGUGCAUGUCUUUUUAAGUUAUCGUAUAGAUAUUCUACAUAGUUCUUUGACAUAGUCUUGACUUUGGUUAGGAAAAGACACAAUUAUACAUGCGAGUAGUCAGCAAAACGUAUAACUGACAGCUUAGUCUGCAUAUAAAAAUAAUAAACUCUUAGACUGUGGCUAUGUUUUCCAAAACUGAGAUGGGAAAAUUCCACUACUUAAUAUUGCUCCUUUUUGUAAAAUCCAGAGUUUAAAAACAAAAUAUUUCCUUUUCUCUUUCUAAACAAAUGUUGUCCACCAACUGGGUGAAAGGUUUCUAAUUCAUCAAAAGCGGAUAUUAACUACAUCUUCCUUCUCUGAUUACCAGUAUGUGGUCUUAUAACUGAAAAUGGCUCUUGAGAGUUCAGCUACGCACUAGAAAACUCACAUACUUAAUUGCUUUUCAAUCAUAGGAAAACUCCAGGUUUCCUGUUAGAUGUUAUGAAGUGGCAAGAGAAGCUUAGGUUAGCCAAUGUUCAUAGUGCUGCUCAACACUGAUUUUGUUAAUGUGACAGAGUGGAUUUUGGCCGCCCCCCCCC